AUGCAGUCGCCACAAAAAGUCCGACGUUUAGCCAUACACCACUCCUUCAAAAAGAUACGAGAAACGAAGUGUUUCGAACGACUUCGCUCUCUGCUCAUGUUUGAAAAUGCUGAAUGCGUCUACAAUUCAUCUGUGUCUUCGAUCUUAAGCGGUGGUUCUAAGUUACUAAGAGUGUUAGACUUAAGAGGUGCUUCGUUGGAGACAUUCCCACACGAAGUUUGUGAAUUAGUUCAUCUCAGAUAUCUAAGCAUAAGGGGAACACAUGUGAGAUACAUUCCAGCAUCUAUCGGAAAGCUUCGGAUCCUAGAGACCUUGGAUCUGAAACAUAAUUGGAUGAUAGGGUUACCUAUUGAAAUAGGAAAGCUUGAAAAACUUCGGUAUCUUGUGUUUAAUGGUGUUACAGUCCCAGCAGAAAUAGGAAAUUUGUCAUCCUUACAAAAGCUAGCAAGGAUUGCGGCAAACCAAGUCAAUGGCCAAAUUAUACUGGGAGUGAUAGGGAAGCUUACUCAACUAAAGUCUUUAAAAAUUUCCAAGUUGAGAAGAAAACACGGAAUGAUCCUAUGCCCGUCCCUUAAAAAGCUGAGCAACCUUCGCUCAUUGUCUCUUAGUUCCCUUCCUAUACAUGAGAUUGAUAUUCGCUCAUUGUCUCUUAGUUCCCCUCCUAAAUAUGAGUUUGAUUUUCUUGAUCUAAAGACAUUAUCUUUAGGAACUCCAUUUCUAAGAAAACUCUACUUGGAAGGACAUUUAGAGGAGGCACCUGCUUGGAUAUCUUCUCUUCAUAGCCUGGUCAAAGUUAGGUUAUCAAGUAGCAGAUUACGGGAUGACCUAUUGACAUACCUACAAGAUUUGCCUAAUCUCCAACAUCUUGAAUUGCAUGACAAUGCGUGUAAAGAGGUGGAACUAUGUUUCAAGGCCGGAGGGUUUAAGAGCCUCCAAUUUUUAUGGCUUGAAGCAUUAGAAAAACUGAGAUGGGUGAAGUUUGAGCAGGGAGCCAUGCCUCACCUUGAAAAUCUAAUUGUGUAA